GCAGUCACACUGGUUUAUAUUGGCGCAUUAUUGAAGCAUUUUUUGCGUUAUUCUUUAAAAUAGAAGCUAUAGAAACAACAAGAUGAGUCCCAUCACCGGCACUCCGAAAGCUGGUGGUGGACGCAAGAGCGGUCAAUAUCGGAUGGCCCAGAUGACAGGACAGCAGCAAUUGCGGGCCCAACAAGAAGCCGACGACGCCGCCGCAAUGGACGCGCUGGAUGAUGCCAUGGUAUUUGACGAUGAAGAAGGCGGCACACGCAUCGGGGAUAUAUACAUACCGCCGCCGAUACCGCCCCACUGCUCCAUGGAGAGCACCGGGCCGCGUCUGAUCAUCAAACAGAUUGUGAACCACAACUUCAAGAGCUACGCCGGACAGGUGACCCUGGGACCCUUCCAUCAGAGUUUUACGGCCAUCAUAGGGCCCAAUGGCAGCGGGAAGAGUAACGUAAUCGAUUCGAUGAUGUUCGUCUUCGGCUGUCGGGCCAAUCGCAUUCGCUGCAAGCGUGUCUCCACCCUCAUUCACAAAUCCUCGAGGUAUCCCAAUCUUCGCAGCUGCUCGGUGGCCGUACACUUUGAGCAGGUUGUGGACAAGGGCGAUGGCACUUGCGAGACGGUGCCUGGCUCUGAAAUUGUCAUCGAACGUACGGCCAUGUCGGAUAAUUCCUCAUAUUAUCAGAUCAACGGACGUCGUGCUCAGGUCAAGGAUGUGGUCAAGCUGCUGAAGGCUCAUCAUGUGGACCUGGAGCACAAUCGUUUCCUGAUUCUGCAGGGCGAGGUCGAGUCCAUAGCCAUGAUGAAGCCCAAGGGUCUGAAUGAGAACGAGACGGGUAUGCUGGAGUACCUGGAGGACAUUGUGGGCACCCAACGCUAUAUUCGGCCACUGCAACAGAUCAACCAGCGCGUGGAUCAGCUCACCGACGAUCGCACAGAGAAGCACAAUCGCUGUAAGUUGGCCGAGCGUGACAUGAAGGAUCUGGAGCAGCCAUUCAAUGAGGCCGUCGAGUACUUGAAAAAGGAGAACGAUUUGGUGCGAACCAAAUCUUGGGUCUACCAAAAGUCCAUCAGUUUAAAGAAGAUCUCUUUGGCGGAGCACACCAAAGAGCACCAGAGCUGUGCCGAGAAACUAAAAGCGCACGACGAGGCCACCAAUGCGCUCAAGCAAGAACGCGCCGAGAAGGAGGAGAUCAUAAGAAAGGAAAUAGAAGCAUUUGAAUCCCUGGUGAAGCAGAGAGAUCAAGUCAAAAAGAAGCUUGUGAGUGCAGAGCGCGCCUGCACGGAGGUCCAGAGCACCAUGGAGAACACCAACAAGCAGCGCAAAAAGGACAAGGCCCAGAUUGAGAAGAACGAAAAGGAGCUGGAGGAUUUGCGUACGUUGCCAGAGAGAAAUCAGCGUGAAAUUGAGGAAUGUAACAUAAAAUUGGAGCGUCUGGAGAAGGAUAAAGUGACGCUUAAUGAGGAGCUGGAAAAACAAAUGAAUGAACUGAAGAACAAAACGGAACCCCUCACCGAGAAGCGCCUCAAGCUGAGCGACGAGCUGGUGGGCCUCAAGGAGCAGGUGAACUCGGCCAAGGCUGCGCUGCAGGUGCACGAAUCCGAGCUGAAGAUCCUCAAGCAAGUGGAGACAACUGAGACCAGAAAAUACGAGUCGCUGAUGAACUCCUACCAACAGUCACAGCAGAGUCUCGAGGAGAAGGUGAACAAAGUGGCUGAGUUGAAGCAAAGUAUUCCCGAAAUGAAAACAGAGAUCGCCACCAAGUCAGCGGAGGUGGAAAAGCUGACCAAGGAGGAGCGCAAUCUGUCCACACAAUGUACAAAACUUAGGGAUGAGAUUAACGAGCGAUCGAGAAACAUGCAGUUCCAGCGUUCCAAUGACAAAGUAUUGGACUUUCUAAUGCGUCAGAAAAUGGAGGGCAAUAUUCCUGGCAUUCUGGGACGUCUGGGUAACUUGGGUGGCAUCGAUGCAAAGUAUGAUGUGGCCAUAUCCACAGCAUGCGGUCGCUUGGACAACAUUGUGACAGAUACCUACGACACAGCCUCGGCGUGCAUUGCAGCCCUAAAGAAGCACAAUGUUGGCAGGGCCACCUUCAUUACCCUGGAUAAAAUUAUGGACCUUAAUGUCUCCAUGAUUAACACGCCAGAGAACGUUCCCCGUCUGUUCGAUCUGGUGAAGUUCGAAGAUGACCGCGUACGGGUUGCCUUCUACUUUGCGCUGAGGGACACACUUGUGGCCGAGGACCUGGAGCAGGGCGCACGCAUCGGCUAUAGCGGGAAACGCUACCGCGUGGUCACACUGCGAGGCGAGAUGAUUGAGAUGACAGGCACAAUGUCUGGCGGUGGCAAGACAUGCCUUCGAGGUAAAAUGGGCACCCAAGUGCGAACGAAGACGGCUGAAAGCGCCAACACCUCGACAUCACAGAAUGCCGCGUUGGAGGACAUGCAGGUUCAGGCGCAGGAGCUGCAAACGAGAAUCAACUUUUGCCAAGAGCAGCAGGGUCGCCUGGAGCGGGAAGUGCAGACACUUCAGAUGACGGUGCAGCGCAACGAGGCGGAGUACAAACGUCUGGAGGUCAGCAUCACAUCGCUGGAGCAACAGAUGGCCAGUAAUCUGAAGCAGUGCGAUAUGCAGCGUCAAAAGAUGAUGAAAAAGACCACAGACGAGGGUGCCGUCAAGUCGCGUGAGGCUGAAAUAGACACCGCCAAGCAGGAAUUGGAGGAGGCGCUGUCGUCUGAGCAGGCAAUGAGCAGCCAAAUCGAAGAGAUUCAAGCUCAGUACAAUGCCCUGCGCAAUGAGAAUGUGAAGCCCGUGGAGGCAAAGAUCAAGAAGACUGCCGCUCAAAUCGAGAAACUGUCUUCCAAUAUUCGCUCCAUGAAUGUGGCCCUGAGCACGGCGGAGCGGAACAUUGAAAAGAUCACCGAGAACAACAAUAAUCUGAGGGAGAACAUCAAGACAGCCGAGGAGAAGUUGCGCGCCUUAAAUGAGCAGCGACAAAGGUUCCAGGAGCAUAAGGAGGAUCUAGAGAAGGCAGCCGAAGAGGCGGCCGAGGCCAUAGACAAUGCCAAGAGCCAAUCAUCGGAUUUGAAGAAGCAAAUCGACGAGCUGAGCAAGCAGGAGAAUCAGCGUAACAUUGACCGCAUCGAAAUGGAUACAAAAGUGCAGAACAUAAAGGGGAUCAUUGACCGCAUGGUCAAUGUGGAAAUACCUGGCUAUCAGGCCAAACUGAAGCCGCUCAAGCUCAACGAAAUACCAGGGGAGACGGAGCCGCUAAUGCCCCUCAAGGAACUAACCGAAGAGGAACUCAAUGCGGAGGCACUGAGCGAUAUGCAGUACAAGGAAACGGUGCUCGAGGAGCAGCUGCAGAAGAAACCGAAUCUGAACUGCAUCAAGGACUUCAAUGAGAAGCGAAACGUUUAUCUGGAUCGCGUGCGCGUGCUCGAAGACAUCACCUCGAAGCGUAACGAGAUGCGCGACAAGUACGAAGAGGUGCGCAAGCGUCGCUACAAGGAGUUCAUGGACGGCUUUGGCAUCAUCACGCAUAAGCUCAAGGAAAUGUAUCAAAUGAUCACGCAGGGCGGCGAUGCCGAACUGGAGCUGGUCGACUCAAUGGACCCCUUUACCGAGGGUGUCAACUUCACCGUCCGGCCGCCCAAGAAAAGCUGGAAAUAUAUCUCGAAUCUCUCUGGCGGUGAGAAGACAUUGUCCUCUCUGGCCCUGGUCUUUGCCCUGCAUUAUUACAAGCCCUCGCCGCUGUACUUUAUGGAUGAAAUCGAUGCGGCACUGGACUUCAAGAAUGUCUCCAUUGUGGCGCACUACAUAAAGGAGCGUACGAAAAAUGCUCAGUUCAUUAUCGUCUCGCUGCGCGUGAACAUGUUUGAGCUGGCCAAUCAUCUGGUGGGCAUCUAUAAGGUGAAUGACUGCACGGACACCAUCACAGUGCUGAAUGUGCCGCCACAGCUGCCCGAGCAACCGCCACGCAUGAUCGGCACAAUGAGUGCGACAAUUGCCAGCCAAAUGAUGCCAGACACCAUGGCUACAGAAAAUACAAUUUCUCCGGAUAAUACCAUUGUCCCAGCGACCAACACCAUGGCGCCAGAGAACGAUGAGAAUCAAUCGCCAGAAAUACCGCAGCAGCAGCAACAGCAGCAGCUGGAGGUGUCGAAAGUUGGAGCAGGCAGAGAUACAACAUUCGCACCACCCAUGGAGAGUACAGCCAUCUCCCAGGCCAUACAAGCAGCGAAUGCCACCUGCAGAUUAACCACGGACAUGUCGCUACAGAGCCCACCCAGCUCGCCGCCACCAGCGAAUGAUUAGAAGAUUCGAAUUGUAUUACAAAUAUUUUUUACGACAUUUUAGACCUCCUCCGAUCAGAGAUAUUCAUUAACAAAACCAUUAAAUCUACCUAAAGCUA